AUGGCUCCACCUCCUCAGAUUAGCGAAAAUCUCGACUUCCCCUUUGAGCCUUCAUCUUAUGCUCAUCCUAAAUCUAGCAUUCAAAUUCAAACUAGCACUACAACUCAUCCGUGUUGA